AUGUACAUUACCAGUCCGCGCUGCGUAGCGCGCAUUCGAAGCAGCUAUGGCGCCGGUCAGAGCACUUCGCGGACAUGGCAUCGAUUCUUGGCUUCGCAAGGCACUCGACUUACACGAAGCCAGCACCAUCUCUCGGCAGCAUCGCCGACAACACGGCCUGCACAACGAGGAUCGGUCGUUACCAUCCCGCCGGUAUGCAAAUACCAGAGUAGCAGACACUACAUAGCUGUCUCCAAGACGCAGUCCCCGCGCAACAUCGCCGUCAUCGGCGGCGGACUGACGGGGCUCACCACAGCGUGGUACCUUACACGCCUGCUGCCUAAGGCCAAAAUAACCAUCUUCGAUGCCCGGGAGAAUUUGGGCGGCUGGAUAGACACAGUCAAACAUGAGGUUGAAACCCCCGACGGCAGGAAAGGCACUGUGCUCUUCGAGCGCGCCGCCCGCAUGGUCAAGCCCCAACCUUCCGCGCCAACGAAGGUCCCGAAAUGGGACGACCUGGUGUUUUAUGACCUGGUCACGAAGCUCAACCUCACCGAUCAACUUAUGUCCUCGAAACAGGCUGACGAGACUGUCCUCGGGUUCAUCUACUACCCCGACCACCUAGUCCCGAUCCCCAUCGUGUUCAUAAAGCCCUUCAUCGACCCCAUAGGCACCCUCAAGUCGCUUGCCAAUCUCGCAUCGGCUCUGACCGAGCCCGUGUUUCGAGACUUCAUCCCUGCCAUCAUCAGCAUCUUUCGAACCAAGGACCCAUAUCGGAUGGACAUGUUCAAAGGGCGAACAGAUAUGUCCGUGGGGGACUACUUUGCUUCCCGCUUUGGCGGCCCGGGCUUGGUGGAUAAGGUCCUCUCAGCUGUGAUUCACGGCGUCACCGGCGGGGACGUGUGGAAAAUGAGCAUGGGGAGCGGCGGCCUGGCGGACCAGCUCGUGCCCCGCGACGGCUUGCCCAUCACCAAAACCCCAGUACGGAUGGCCGACUAUGAAAUGAUGGUACAGUUGGCCGCGGACAAGGCCGUGUUCAAUCUAGCCUCGAAGCACCUCGAGUCGGGUGCUCUCUGGUUUCGGGACGGCUUCAGCACGCUUGGUAAUGCGCUCGCCAAGGCACUGAAAGCCAACCCCAACGUCACUGUCAAGUCGAACGAACCCGUCACGGAAAUUAGGUACAUCGAUAGCCUUGACCAGCCCUUUUUCACCCAGGUCUCCUCCAAAUCCGGUACGCAACGCUACGACAAAGUAGUCUCAACCAUCUACGCCAAGUGCCUCCAUGAGAUCGCCACCCCCAAGCUCCCCUCCCUCGCAUCCUCUGAAGCCGUCACUAUCAUGCUCGUCAACCUCUGGUACCCCGUCCCACACGCCAACUUCCCCCACAACGGCUUCGGCUACCUCAUCCCGCAAGCUACCCCCUACUCCCAAAACCCAGAGUGUUUACUGGGCGUGAUCUUCGACUCGGACCGCGAAUUCCCCCUCCCCACGCCCACCAACCCCAAGCCCACCAACCGCGGCGCCGACACGCUCCAGGGCACCAAACUCACCGUCAUGAUGGGCGGCCACUACUGGGACUCGCUACCUCCAACUUCCCUCCCGACGCCCCAGGAAGCGAUCGAGCAAGCCAAGCGCGCCGUCGCCCGCCACCUGAAAUUUUCUCCGGAACUCUCCGACGCCGCCCACGGCAGCGCCAAGCUCUGCACCGACUGCAUCCCGCAACAUCUCGUCGGCCACGCGGCGCGCAUGCGCGCCGCCCACGGCGAGCUCGAGUGGGGCUUCAAGGGCCGGCUGGCCGUCGCCGGCCAGUCGUACCAGAGCCCCGGCGUGCUGAGCAUGCUGCGCGCGGGCAGGGACGUGGCGAUGCAGAUUGCCGGGCGGCAGGUCAUCAGUAGGCAGCGCGCGGACGGUGAUGGGGACGCCGGCGGUCACGGUGGAGGGGAGAUAGAGAUGGCACCGUGGACGGUCGGGGAUACCGGGCUCGAAAGGUUCACUAGGCCGCCUGUGAUCCAGGCCAUGGAGAAGGCGUUAUUGCCGUUAAGGUAUAACAGUGGGGCGAUUGUGGACGAGAGCGGCUGUGUCGUUCCGAGGGUUGGGGGGGCUGGGUAG